GAAUUUUUUUUUUUUUCUAUCCUUAAGCCCCUUGGCUCAGUACCUGACACUGAGUAGGACUGUCAGUAAAAUAUUUGCUGAGUUAAAUUUACUUGAGUUUUCCAAAAAGUCGCCGUCUUUCAGUGAUUCAGUGAUUCUCUUCAGAGGGACAGCCAACUAAUUGUUUCAGAGGCUUCCUUGGAUAUUCCUGCCACUGAUAACAGCUGCCAUCUCUUCAGCAUCUACUGUGUAUCAGACUGAAGGACCUGGAGCUAGCUGCUGUGGGCGGAUCAGACGUCCAUGUGAGGAUGCUGGCGGCCCCUAUCAAUCCAUCUGACAUAAAUAUGAUCCAAGGAAAUUAUGGCCUCCUUCCCAAGCUGCCUGCUGUUGGAGGGAAUGAAGGUGUCGGACAGGUGGUAGCAGUGGGCAGCAGUGUGACUGGGGUGAAGCCAGGAGACUGGGUGAUUCCAGCAAAUGCCGGUUUGGGAACCUGGCGGACUGAGGCUGUGUUCAGCGAGGAAGCACUGAUCGGAGUUCCAAGUGACAUCCCUCUUCAGAGCGCCGCCACCCUGAGUGUCAAUCCCUGCACGGCCUACAGGAUGUUGAUGGACUUUGAGCAGCUGCAGCCAGGAGACAGUGUCAUCCAGAAUGCGUCCAACAGUGGAGUGGGGCAAGCAGUCAUUCAGAUCGCCGCAGCCCUGGGCCUGAGGACCGUCAAUGUGGUCCGAGACAGGCCUGACAUCCAGAAGCUGACUGACAGACUGAAGAGUCUAGGGGCCGAGCAUGUUGUCACAGAAGAGGAGCUAAGGAAGCCUGAAAUGAAAAAUUUCUUUAAGGACAUGCCCCAGCCCCGACUUGCUCUCAACUGUGUUGGCGGAAAAAGCUCCACAGAGCUGCUGCGACACUUAGCGCCUGGGGGAACCAUGGUGACCUACGGGGGAAUGGCCAAGCAGCCAGUCAUAGCCUCUGUGAGCCAGCUCAUUUUUAAGGAUCUCAAACUUCGAGGCUUUUGGUUAUCCCAGUGGAAGAAGGACCACAGUCCAGCCCAGUUCAAGGAGCUGAUCCUCACACUGUGCAGUCUCAUCGGCCGAGGCCAGCUCACGGCCCCUGCCUGCUCCGAGGUCCCACUGCAGGACUACCAGCGUGCCUUGGAAGCCUCAAUGCAGCCCUUCGUGUCUUCAAAGCAGAUUCUGACCAUGUGCUAAUCGCAUAGGAGCCAGAGUGAGGUGGGAGGGAAGACGGAUCGGCAGGACUGGUUUCGGGCCCCUCGGUCAGGGCCCUCAGCUUUCCCCAGGCUGCCCUCUGACUAGGGGGGUUGUGAAGCCAUCCAGGGCCAGCCCCUGGGUAUCUAAUAAAGUCUGAACUUCCUAAGAACAGACACACACAAAACCAACAGAAGUCAUCUCUGUCGAGAAGAACCCUCAAUUGUGCACCUGCCAUUCCAGCAUUAAGAAGCCCCCUUGCCCAUCCUCCAACUUGUCCUCCAGCGAUGAUUUCCUGACCACCCUGAAAGCAAAGUGAGGGUGGGGACCGGCAGGUACAAAAGCCAGUAGGAUGCAGUCUCCACCCCCAGGCUGUCCCAGAGGAGCAGAAAGGAAGGUUUGACUCAUUCUGGGUGGUGCGGGGCUCCGUGUGGGACGGGAGGAGGAUCAGCUACCUGAGAGGGUGAAUGCCAGGCUAAGGAGCCAAGGAGUCAGGGUCUCAGGUGGCUGGACCAACCUCCUGGAAUGUCUGUCCUAACUGGGGAAAUAGUUGUUACACCAGUGCUUCUCAACCUGAAGUCAUUUUACCCCCAAGGACGUUUGACAGUGUCUGGAGACGUUUUCAGUCAUAAUUGACAGGGUGCGAUCGGCAUCUAGUGGGUAGAGGUCAGUGAUGCUGCUCAGAUAGCAUCUGGUGCACAGAACAGCCUUCCUCAACAGAAUGAUCCAGCCCAAGAUGUCCAUAGUGCCACUGUUGAGAAACCCUGAAUUAAGCUAACAGUCCCACAAUCACUGCCCUGGUGAUUCAAGUGCUUCUAAAGAAGAUGCAUGCGAAGUGCUAUGAUGGCAUAACUGAGGUCUUGUCCUAGGCCUGGAGUCAGGGGAGCCUUCCUGACAUGAAAGUGGGUUCUGAAAAUGAGUAGCUUUAUUCAGAGAAAGAGAAGAGUUUGACAUCAUGUGACUUUUUGUGUUUCCCUUAUGAUCCACUCACCCUGAUGGAAAAAAACUAGAGACUCGGGAAUGUUCCCUGGUCACCGGGCCUACUUUCCCUUAGCUCAAGAGCCUCUUUCAAGGAGUAUUUACUAGAUACCCAGUGUGUGCCUGAGGCUAGGGAUGCCUGUGAGGGGGCGGAGGCGGGGGCUGGCCCUCUGGCUGCUUAGCCUAGUGCAGGGGACCAACCUUCCCAGCAUACUAAUGAGGCCUCUGACAGAGGUGUCCAGAGGGCCCUGGAGACACGGCAACUCUGCCUGAGGGUUGAAGGAAGGCUUUGUGGAAGAAGUGUCAUCCACAGCAUAUGGUGAAGGCCAAGCAAGAAAACGUGCAUCCAGCAGAACCAGCAGCACAUGCGCAAGCCUGCUUCUGCUGCCUGAGGUUGGAGAGUGUGAGGGCUGAGGUGGGACCUGUGGGUAUAGGUCAGAGCAGGAAGGUUCGAGAAGUCAGGACUUACCCUUCAGAACGGGCGAGGCACAGAGGGGUUUUCAGCAGCAGGGUGAUGUGGGAAAACUGGCUCAGAAGACCAGAGGCCACCCAGGCUUAUCACAGACACGUACGUAGGCCCCUGACCUAAUGCUCUUGCCUUUGGGAGCAUCUUGUGUGUCCUCUGGAGAAAAGGACUUGGCUUCAGCCCAGAGCUGGGGAAGGUCUGCACGUGUCCUCUUGAUAAGAGUUGCUACCUUGUGCACGUAGGCUCAGGAUCAGCCCCAGCUUGCCCAAGUCCCUCCCGUCCCCUGUCUUCUGUCCUUGAAAAAACGCCUGAGAGGGUGGAGGAGGCUGCCCAAAGGCUACAGGAAUGAACGGUUAGAAUUAGGUUCUUCAGGGGGAGUCCACAGUGUUGGGUUAGGGGAAUGAUGAGCCUGCAGCCAUGGAGAGGGGGCAGCCCCUGGUACAGACUCAGAGGAGAUAGACACGAUGGAGGAAGGUUCCUAACACUAUGGUUAGAGACCCCGUGGAGGGCCGUGCAAAACAUCCUGAGAACAAUAUCUCUAGGGGUCUGGAGGUGACAUUUGGUUGUGCUUUAUUUUCUUUAUUUUUAUUUUUUUUAAUGUUUCUUUUUUAAGAGAAAGAGCACAAGCAGGGGAAGGGCAGAGAGAGAGACACACACACAGAAUCUGAAGCAGGCCCCAGGCUCUAAGCUGUCAGCACAGAGCCUGACACGGGGCUCAAACUCAAGAACUGCAAGAUCAUGACCUGAGCCGAAGUCAGACACUUAACCGACUGAGCCACCCAGCACCCCUGGGCUGUGCUUUAAAGGAUGAUUAUAGUUUUCUCAGAGAAGGGAGACAUGCCUUCUAGACUAAGGGACCAGAUUAAGCAAAAUAUAUUAUGGAGGCAGGGCAUUUAUGUUAGAAUCUUGUCAUUUCCCCCCAAAUAUCCAUUCUCUUCCUAAGACCACAUGAUUUUUACAUAGGCACGUGGUAGCCUGGAAUAGUUUUCCUGCCUUCUUCGCAGCAGACAAGGUCCAUCCCUUGUGAUGCAGGCGGAAGUGGUAGGUGUUGAUUUCUUAAGAACCUCUUUAACAUAUAGCCAGCAUCCAGCCUGUACCUGUUUCUUCCCCUUCCAUCUUCCUCCUGGCUGGCACACAGACCUGAUUCCUGGAAUUUGUACAGCCAUCUUUGAUCAUGUUAAGAAUGGGUCAGUGACAGGAUCCAAGAAGCCUGGGUUCCUGGCACCCAGAAGCCCCAGCUGCCCACCUCAGGAUUUGUUUUACAUGAGAAACAAGCCUCUGUGUUAUUUAAUUUUGUAGAAUUUGGGCUGUCUCUGAAGCUAACCAUAAGUGAUACAUAUUCUGUGAUUCAAUUUAUAUUGGAAUCAAUCAAGCUGAAGCUGAAAAACUGAAUUGCGGCUGUCUGUGAUUCCCCACUAAGGAAUUUGAACUUUAGCCUGUGGGCAAUAGGGAACAAAAGAUUUCUGAGCCAGAAGAUGAGAACUGUGCUUUGGGAAAACAAUUCCUCUGGCAGCAGUUUGGGGGACAGUUGGGAGAAGGGAGGCACUAAACGAAGAGAUAAAGUCAGAAAUUCCCAGGCUUCUGACUUUCAGACAAGUAAAAUCCGCAGAAAUUUCAAAGGCCGGCAUGAGGAUUACCAACAUCUAGGAGGCCAGCAGAGAAAGGAGACUGUGACAAGACCGUGGCAAAAGAGGGUCUGACUUCAACUGGAUCAUCUCUUCCAUAUUUUACAAGUAUAGGAGGCUGUUUUUCAUUUUCAUGCUGUGGAGUUGGGACAGCUCUGUUGGCCCACUAAAUAAACAAAAUCCUUUCUAAAUGGCUGGGGGAGGAACCUUUGGCUCCAGGAGACUGAAAGAAGACGAACAGGCAUUACCUCCUAAACCAAAAAGCUUGGGCACACCUGGCGCCCUGAGGCUUCAUGACUGUGGUGCUCCCUGUUUGUUGUCUUCUGGGAGCAUCCACCCUGCCACCACCUACAGCCACUGACAUGAUAUUGACUGCUUUGUGUCUUGGGAGAUGAGAUAGAUAAGCCUGCUUUCCUCCGGGAAAGACGUGAGGCCCAGAAGAAAAAGGUUCUUGCGUUCAUCUGAGUGUCGCAGGCACGCAUGUCCUUGCCCCUGAAAGCUCCUGGCUGCAUCUGCCAGCCUCAUGCUUCUUGGUAGGCACCAUGCCCUAGGUAAGACACUGGGCCCAUCCAGAGCAGCUGGAAAUGGUAGAGAAGAGAGACUUAGGCCUGGCACAAUAUCUGCCUGCAUUUGCAGGCAGGAGAACCCAGGAACAUGGCAGAGGUAAGGAGACGUUCGCACUCCCUGGAAGAAAAGAAAGCUUUCCCUGUGCCCUUGACCCUUUGCAAUGUAUAAACCCUUUCACCCACAUCUCCAUUUGAUUUUUGCAACUUCCCUCUAUCAUUGAGAUUUUAAUAUCAUAACUUUACAGAAGAGGAGGACGCCAAGCGAGGUGAAGUGAAUUGCUCAAGGUCACACAGCAGGCAGCAGAUCUGACACUAGGGGCCAGGUCCCCUGAUCCUGUCUGGUCCCUAUACCGGUCCUGAUUUUUUUGGCUCCAGUGAUCAUUAACAUGUCAAUCAGAAGAGAGUUCAAAUUUCCCUGAGUCUGUAUCUCAUGGAGAGGCAGGAAAAAAGGGGAAUCGGGAGGCUGUUAAAGUAGUUCAGGUAAGAGGUCAUUCAUUUGUUCAUUUAGUAACUAUUUUGAAUGCCCAUACGUGAAAAGCACUGUCAUGGGUGCUAGGGAUACAGUAGGAGAGAGACAAAGAACUUGGCCCUGGAUACCAGGGAGCUUACAUCCUAGUGGAGAAAGACCAUGAACAAGUGAAUAAACAAGGUAAUUGCAGA